AUGAAGCCUACCUUGAUCACUAUAUUAUCCUUCCUUUUCAUUGCUGUUGCUGUUUAUGCACAAAAACCUCAUGUACCCAAUCCAAUAGCACUUCAAGAAAUGUUACCGUUACCAAUCCUUGUUACCCAAGAUGAACAGAAUAAAAAUGUUUAUCAUGCUGAAGUUAAAUGGUAUGGCCGUGGAGUUUCUCCUGACG